UUAAAGCCACAGAACCAGCUUCCCUUUCCCCUCUCCGACCCGAAACCCUCGCCGCCGACCCCCCGGUUUCGCCCAAAACCAUCGCCUCCGUGAUCGAAAGCUCGCAAAAGCAGUCGCGGUUAGAGCUCCGAAAGCAACGACGGAUCACGACGCACAAAGACAUCCCAAACUCCCAUCUUUCUCCUCCUUCUGGUCCGCUCCUACGGGAAACCAUUGAGGAACUUCUCCUCGUCCUCUCUCGGUCUUCCCCUGCACACCUUAGCUUCUCUAAAUCCCGUUCCAACGGGAUUUACUAAGUCCUGGAUUUAAGGCAAAACGGUGGAAAAGCGGGAUUUAACAUCAAUCCUGCUUAAACCGGCUACCAAAAGGCUCCGAAGAUUUCCACGUUUUCUCCACUGAUCGAAAUUUUUUGGAGGGGCUCUUUUCAUUCAAACUUGUUAUGGCGAAGAAGAAGGAGAGGGCGGUUAAUGUCUCGGGUAAGCCAAAGCAUUCGCUUGACGUUAACCGCAUCAAUGGCGCAGCAGACAAAGGAACUAGGUCUGCCGGCACGGUCCGACGACUUAAGAUGUACAAUACUCGCCCCAAGCGAGACCGGAAGGGAAAAAUCCUCCAGCAUGAGUUACAAUCGAAGGAUCUUCCGAACACACGCAUCGAGCCCGACCGCCGCUGGUUCGGUAACACUAGAGUUGUAAAUCAGAAGGAGCUUGAAUUUUUUCGAGAGGAGCUUCAAAAUCGACUAUCAAGCAACUAUAAUGUCAUUUUGAAGGAGAGGAAGUUGCCACUUUCUCUUCUUAAUGAUCAUCAAAAGCAAGCAAAAGCUCAUCUUCUGGAUAGAGAGUCUUUUGAGGAUGCUUUUGGACCAAAGAGGAAACGAAAACGUCCAAGGCUUUUAGCAGCUGACUAUGAAUCAUUGAUUAGAAAGGCUGAUGGAUCCCAAGAUGCAUUUGAGAAGAAAAUUUCUGCCAGACCAUCUGGAGAAGAGAAUGAAGAGGAUGGCUUCAGAGAUUUGGUGAGGCAUUCAAUGUUUGAGAAGGGUCAGAGUAAACGCAUUUGGGGUGAACUUUACAAAGUUGUCGAUUCUUCAGACGUAGUUGUCCAGGUGUUGGAUGCGCGGGAUCCACUUGGUACAAGAUGUCAUCAUUUGGAGAAGCACUUGAAGGAGAAUUGCAAACACAAACACAUGGUUCUUUUGCUUAACAAGUGUGACUUGAUUCCUGCAUGGGCGACAAAGGGAUGGCUGCGGGUAUUGUCCAAGGGAUAUCCUACUUUGGCAUUCCAUGCUAGCGUAAAAAAAUCUUUUGGAAAGGGAUCUCUACUUUCCGUGCUGCGACAAUUUGCUCGCAUGAAAAGUGACAAGCAGGCCAUAUCUGUUGGAUUUGUUGGCUAUCCUAAUGUUGGGAAGUCAUCCGUCAUCAACACUUUACGUACAAAAAAUGUUUGCAAAGUGGCUCCCAUUCCAGGAGAAACAAAAGUGUGGCAAUACAUUACACUCACCAAGAGGAUCUUCUUGAUCGAUUGUCCUGGUGUUGUAUAUCAUAACAAAGAUUCUGAAACUGAUAUUGUCCUUAAGGGUGUGGUUCGUGUUGAAAACUUGGAAGAUGCUUCAGAGCAUAUUGGAGAAGUUCUCAGGCGUGUCAAGAAGGAGCAUCUUCAGCGAGCAUAUAAGAUAGAAAACUGGGUGAAUGAGGAAGACUUUCUUGUCAAGUUGUCCAAGUUGACCGGAAAGCUUUUUAAGGGAGGUGAACCUGAUCUGAAUACUGCUGCAAAGAUGGUCCUCCAUGAUUGGCAAAGAGGGAAGAUCCCCUUCUUCGUGCCGCCGCCACCAAAAGAAGAGGAGGAGGCUGCCGGCAAGUUCGACACAUCCGAUGCAGUCGAAGAACCGAUCGUAAGCACCGAUCGAACCGCAUCGGCCAUGAAAGCCAUCGCAGGGAUUAUUGCGUCCCAGCAGCAAAUGCAUGUUCCCAGCCACAAAGAUUUCAUUGAUGGUGGUGGGAGGGGUGCUGAUGAUGGUGGUGAUGGGGAUGAAGAAACUGAGAAUGUGAGGCUGGAGCAGUCUGGUCCUACUAAUUCUUGACCAGCUAUUUCCUCACUAUGCCUAUUCUAAACUGGUUGGGAAUGAAAGAUUUUGAUCUGAAUGGAGCAGAAUUUUUAUUUAUUCAUUAUUUUUUUGUUCAAGGUUUAUGAGAACUGCUGGGCUGCUAAUCGACAAUUGGUGACUCGAGUUACGAUUCUUCUACAAUUAGCUUGUCUGAUUAAGGGUGAUUGUUCAGAAAUUUCUUAUAUUCGUAUUGAUAAUGAUUUUUGAGGUUUU